GUGAAUGUUUUCGCGAGGCCUCUGGCAAGUAUUUAUCCUUCCAAGAUCCAGGGACACUGAUCUCAUACCAUGACGAGAUUUUGAUCCACGUCAUCCGCGAAAUCUACUACUACGUAGCAUCAUUGGCAGAUCUUCGGUCGACUUGGGUCAGCAACAGACGUGUGGGGCGUAUAAUCAUGGCAUUGACCAACCGGAUCCAGUAAGCUAGACAUGCUUGCCAAGAAAACGCUCACCAGCCAUUCAUUCGAAAGCAAUGCGCUCGUCGGCCCGAAAUGCUGGGUUAACUGGGCCUUUCAAUAGCUCGUUGUCUUGGCGAUCGCCGAGGGAUCCCCUGUUUCAAUUUUCCCCGUGACGAAUCACAGAUUUAAAGGACCAAAAAGCAAACCUAGUGAGUAUCAAACAGCUUACGUAGACUUGGAGGCACAGUCGUCGAUCUUGAAGCAAGUAACCGAGGGUAACCCUUCACAAUUUCAGAGCAAUCAGAUUCAGGGUACAAUCGACGGAGUUAAUUUUGCCCCCUCAAGCGGAACUAACGCAGACGCUAAGGUAGUGUGGCCGAUGAUGUGCACUGUGCGUCAAAUCAACUCGACAGAUGAUAAAUAACGACUCGUCGCGUCGAAAAUGGGUCGGAGAUUUGAAACCAUGGAAUGCGGUUUGACCCGAAAUUUCGGCAGCAAGUUGAGUCCAAUCGACCUUUGGGACACUGGAAUGCGGAAUUCGAGAACGUCUGUCCGCUUUCCACUUGCAAUUGGGGUUGUUUUAGUGUUAUUUCACAAAGAACCACUUUCCCGGUCUGGUUCAUGGAUCAUUUGCCAUUCAACGAAUGUCAUUGCGCGUUGCCCGUUUAGGAUUUCUUGCAGCUCGCAGGUUUCCUAAUUGGGAAAUACGUAGUUGCUCGAGCUUCGUAGUACUACUUUUAUUAGUCCUUCUAAGCUCUUGUGGUUUGUUGAGAGGCAAGGAUAA